UUUUAGACAGGCCACAUAUCUCUGCUGGACCCCAGGCAGUGAUCUAGACCAACCUGCACCAGAACCAUGGCGUCUGAUCCUGGACACGAACCCAGUUGCGCUCUUGGGUCCCGGCAAUCCAUGAUAAUUGUCAGCACCAUCUACAUCUGCUUGGGUGUCUUCAUCUUCUUCGAGAACAUCAUUACUAUCAUGGCGAUACGCAGGACGCCCAGCCUCCACACCAACCCUAACCUGUACAUGUUCUCUCUGGCAGUCAGUGACGUCCUUGUCGGCGCUACCGCCAUCUUUCUGGGAUCCUUCGUGAACCCAACGGUUCAGGACCGGGUCACCUCGACGUUUCCAUACUUAGCCAGUCUUGCGGUUACGUUUGGCAUGGUCAGCCUGUCUUUUGCACAUAUGGCCGUCAUUGCUGUUGAUCGAUACAUUUACAUCGGCAAGCCUUACCUGUAUGAAAGAUGCAUAACACGGCGUGUGAUUUUUUUUCAAAUUCUUUGUCUCUGGGUAUCAGGGGCCGUGUAUACUAUAGCGCCGAUGAUAGUAUACAGGGAAGUUAACGUUGGCUUCUGCAUUCUGAUUGACCUGCCUCCGGAGUAUACUCUUUACGCAAUAGGGAUUGCCUACUUCAUUUUGUUAGUUGUUGUGUUGAUAGCCUAUUACAAGAUAGCACGCGUGGUUCUGCAGCACCGGCGUUCUAUUGCAAACCAGACAAUAUCCCUGGACAGAACUGGGGAAGAUUUGAGAAACAGAAAGCGCCAAACAUCUGCCUUAAAAAGUGUUAGGUUCUUCGCUGUCGUGUUCGGUUUCUUUUUCGGAUUCACUUUACCAACAGUGUUCUGCAUGUAUAUUGAAAGUGUGGUAGAUCUCCCGUAUGAACUGUACGCUUUCUUGAUCUUUAUCGCUCCUGCCAAUUCCUCGAUGAAUACUCUUGUGUUUGCUUUGAUGAACAAAGAAUUUCGGAAGGCCGUGAAAAAGAUUUUUGUGGACCUACGAUGUUUGAAAGUGUACGAAUCUAGCUUUUAACAUGAACUCUGAAACUGAAAACAUCUGAACCGCUGUUUAAAACGUUUAGAUGCCCCAUCCAUAUAUUAUUAUGUAAUAUCGAACCCUAUAAUAUAACCGUUACACCCUGUCUCAGCUCUUACAAAUAUAGAUCUACAAUGUAUUUGAAAAAUGAAAAACAUGUUCUGUUAAUAACUUUUAAGAGACUACCUAUUUAUUCAAAGUUUUGACACCGAACAUGUUGUACAUAUCUUUUGAUACUUAAAA